AUGCAACCGUCUAAUUCUUCCCCUGCUACCAUGCGGUCCCUGGUGCUAUUGCGCUCCACCACGACUGGUCGUGGAGCGCUGCCGAAUCCCGACGGUGUGUCCACCAAGCAGCCGGACGUCGUGAGCCUCGGCUCGGCUGCUGACGUCGUCUCCACAAACUCGUCGACAACCUCCUCGGCGCAGAACCCCGUCGCGUCUAACCUCGGUCCACUCACCAACUCCUACAAAGUCGUCAGCACCACAGCUGAAGGCGACAUCACAUCGACCAGCUCCGGCACCAACGACCCCUACUUCUCCACACUCUCCGAGGCGACCGCGUUUGGAGGUGGCUUCCAGCAGUCGUCGGCUAGCAUCUACUCUAAGCUGGGCUGGAGCCAGGAACAAGCGUGUCUAGCCGACUCGUACGUCGCCUUCCUAACCGCCGUCGCACAACAUCGCUGUUGGACGUCGUCCACCACCGACCCUUCGGGCGUCGCCACCACCUCCACUGAGAAUGGGUUGUCCGACGUCGGAGGCUGUGAAGUCUCUGGUGACGAGACUGUCACGAGCAGCACUACGGAAACUCUCGUUAUUCCACCUCGUGACCCUUCCCUCACGUCUCUAGAUACUCCGGCCUGCGAAUGGCACCAACUUGUGAUAGCGUGCGUUCUCACACUGAUUCAACACGAUCACACUGUGGAACAGUGCGCGGAAUUGGAUGAAGCACCCAAGUGCUGUUUGGCUGCGGCAUUCCUCUCGGCUCGCGUCCUCUCCGCCUCCCCAAUCGCCGUGUUCCGUUGCCACGCGGUGGAGUUUGGCGUCUUCGAUUUGAUCACCCGUGCGUGGCGCGACGCCUCGUCGUCCACACCCUUCAACGGUCCGGUGACGCGGGCGGUUUGCCUCUCGGCCAUUGAGAUUCUUGUCAACCACCACGACGCCGACGUCAGCUCUUGCUGUGUCAAAACCCUCAUGCCCCAGGUGUUCCACUGGCUCUACGAGCUGUCAGUGACCAUUUCCAGUUCUCCUCCACGUCCGAGCGUAGUCAACGACCCCACGGAUCCUCGACUCCUCCUCCACAACGUAUUUAUUGCCCGUCUGGAGGAGGCCGUGGAAGCAGCCAUCUCGGUCUCCGUGAAUGUCGUCGACAUCGCCGAGGCCUCGGGCAGGCAUAACCUCCUGGUCAUCCUCCUGCCGCUCUUCUGUGAUCUCCUCCAAGACGACGUGACCACCAAACCUCCAGGACUUCUCCGCACCGUCCACAACCUGGCCCUCAACAACCUCCUUGCUCUAGGAAGCCGCUAUCCAGCCGAGUUUCGCCACGUUGUCGCCAAGGUCACCAGCCUCAAACCGAGGAUUGAGGCGGCGUUGAAAGCCCAGACGGUAUCUACUUCGGCGUCGGCGACGGCUGCUGCCGCUUCGUCGUCGUCGGUUCCUUCUUCUUCAUCCGCCUCCGUCAACCCACCUCCAGCUGCCGCCAUCAAACUGAAAAUGGAGUUCUCCAACUUCAUCUAA